AUGUCCAGCACCUCGAUGGUUUCGAAUGGGGCGAGUGGCAAGCCCAACACAUGGCAGGGCGCCGGUGCGGCGGAAUUCGAUCUACGGAGCGACACAAUGACCAAGCCAACGCCGUCCAUGCUUGAAGCCAUCUGCCAGACAACUCUCUUGGACGAUGUUUUCGAAGAGGAUCCAGUAACGAACGAUUUACAGGCUUAUGUAGCAGAACGUACAAACCACCAGAGCGCUCUCCUUGUCAUGUCUGGAACAAUGGGCAAUCAGGUCGCCAUUCGAACACAUCUAGUCCAGCCUCCCUAUUCGGUCCUCUGCGAUCACCGAUCUCACAUCAUACGCUACGAGGCAGGGGGGGUCAGCUCCCUAACCGGAGCUACGGUUUAUCCCAUUAUACCGAGAAACGGCGUGCACCUUACGGUGGAGGACAUUCAGAAGCAUGCAGUACUGGGAGAAAACGUCCAUUACUGCCCGACUAAACUGAUCAGUUUGGAAAACACCUUGGACGGCAUGAUCAUGCCACUAACGGAAGCGCGUCGUAUCACGGAGUGGGCUCAUUCGAACGGAGUCAAGGUCCAUUUGGACGGCGCAAGACUCUGGGAAGCAGUUGUUUCUGGUGCGGGAAGCCUGCCUGAAUAUGCCAGCCUCUUCGAUAGUGUGAGCCUGUGCUUUUCUAAAGGCUUGGGUGCACCGAUUGGUAGUAUUAUCGUCGGAUCAAAUGACUUCAUCAAGAAGGCACGGUGGUUCCGCAAAUCCAUCGGAGGCGGUGCCCGCCAAUCCGGGGUUAUUGCUGCUGCUGCUCGUGUGGCCCUUGAGGAGACCUUUGGACCGGAUCCUCAUGGCCAGGGAGGAAAGCUUCGGGAAACCCACACCAAAGCUAAACGAAUCGCCGAUCUCUGGAUUGCUCGUGGCGGUCAAUUACAGCACCCAGUACACACCAACAUGGUGUGGCUGGAUCUUGAGUCAUCUGGGGUUGGGCCAAACGAUCUCGCACAGAUCGGGAACGAAAAGGGCCUCAAGUUGCUCGGAGGUCGGAUCGUCGUGCAUUAUCAGGUGUCCGACGAGGCUAUUGCCCGAUUGGAGCAAGUCUUCGACCUUGCUAUGAGUGGCAAGUACCAGCGUAGUGAAGAUCAAAGCAAACCAUACGGAAUGAAAUAG